AUUGUGUCAGACAGUUCGGCAAUGGCAGUAGUUUCUUACCCUGCCGGAGGAUAUUAGGUGUAGUCUUCCAGCUUUUGGCAAAGCGGGAACUGACCCUGCGCCGGCCGGGUUCUUUCAUCUCUUGGCUGCUGCUUUACCCAGAAGCCGCCGCCUAUCCUCCUUUGUGUGCUUCAGGAAGUCGCGGAGCUGGUGGCGGCAGCUCUGGGCGUUGGGGGCGAAAGAGAGGGAGUGACCGAGAAGUCGCAGGCGCACCGAUUCAUCCUCGUCCCGCCACUUGGCAGGUCACAAAGAUGUCAGACAAAAGUGAAUUGAAGGCAGAGUUGGAAAGAAAGAAGCAGCGGUUGGCCCAAAUCAGAGAGGAAAAGAAGAGAAAAGAAGAAGAAAGGAAGAAAAAGGAAACGGAUCAGAAGAAAGAAGCAGUUGCUCCUGUGCAAGAAGAAUCAGAUCUUGAAAAGAAAAGAAGAGAAGCUGAAGCAUUGCUUCAAAGCAUGGGGCUCACUCCAGAAUCUCCCAUUGUCCCUGCUCCUAUGUCUCCAUCCUCCAAAUCUGUGAGCACACCAAGUGAAGCUGGAAGCCAAGACUCUGGAGACGGUGCGGUGGGGUCCAGGACGCUGCAUUGGGAUACAGAUCCAUCAGUUCUUCAGCUUCACUCAGAUUCCGAUUUGGGACGAGGACCUAUUAAACUUGGAAUGGCUAAAAUUAUGCAAGUUGACUUUCCUCCUCGAGAAAUCGUCACAUAUACAAAAGAAACUCAGACUCCAGUUAUGGCUCAACCCAAAGAAGAUGAAGAGGAAGAAGAUGAUGUAGUGACUUCUAAACCACCAGUUGAACCUGAAGAAGAGAAAACUUUAAAAAAUGAUGAAGAAAAUGAGAGUAAAGCUCCCCCUCAUGAACUGACUGAGGAAGAAAAGCAGCAAAUCUUGCACUCCGAGGAAUUUUUAAGUUUCUUUGACCAUUCUACAAGAAUUGUAGAACGGGCUCUUUCUGAGCAAAUUAACAUCUUCUUUGAUUACAGUGGAAGAGAUUUGGAAGACAAAGAAGGAGAGAUUCAAGCAGGUGCUAAACUAUCGUUAAAUCGACAAUUUUUUGAUGAACGUUGGUCAAAGCAUCGGGUUGUUAGUUGUUUGGAUUGGUCAUCUCAGUACCCAGAGUUACUUGUGGCUUCCUAUAAUAAUAAUGAAGAUGCUCCUCAUGAACCUGAUGGUGUAGCCCUUGUAUGGAAUAUGAAAUACAAAAAAACUACCCCAGAGUAUGUGUUUCACUGCCAGUCAGCUGUAAUGUCUGCUACAUUUGCAAAAUUUCAUCCAAAUCUGGUGGUUGGUGGUACAUACUCAGGCCAAAUUGUGCUGUGGGAUAACCGUAGCAAUAAAAGAACUCCAGUGCAAAGAACUCCACUGUCAGCUGCUGCGCACACACAUCCUGUGUAUUGUGUAAAUGUUGUUGGAACGCAAAAUGCUCACAAUCUGAUUAGCAUCUCUACUGAUGGAAAAAUUUGUUCAUGGAGUCUGGACAUGCUUUCCCAUCCACAGGAUAGCAUGGAAUUGGUUCAUAAACAGUCAAAAGCAGUAGCUGUGACAUCUAUGUCCUUCCCUGUUGGAGAUGUCAACAACUUUGUUGUUGGGAGUGAAGAAGGUUCUGUGUACACAGCAUGCCGCCAUGGCAGUAAAGCUGGAAUCAGUGAGAUGUUUGAGGGACAUCAAGGACCAAUCACUGGCAUCCAUUGUCAUGCAGCUGUUGGAGCAGUGGACUUCUCACAUCUUUUUGUGACUUCAUCAUUUGACUGGACAGUAAAACUUUGGACAACUAAGAAUAACAAGCCUUUGUACUCAUUUGAAGAUAAUUCAGACUAUGUUUACGAUGUUAUGUGGUCACCCACCCACCCAGCCUUGUUUGCCUGUGUGGAUGGCAUGGGAAGGCUGGAUUUGUGGAAUCUCAAUAAUGACACAGAGGUCCCUACUGCCAGCAUUUCUGUGGAGGGUAAUCCUGCUCUUAAUCGUGUACGAUGGACCCAUUCUGGAAGAGAGAUUGCUGUGGGUGAUUCUGAAGGACAGAUUGUUAUAUUUGAUGUGGGAGAGCAGAUUGCUGUCCCCCGAAAUGAUGAAUGGGCAAGAUUUGGCCGAACACUUGCGGAAAUUAAUGCAAACCGAGCUGAUGCAGAGGAGGAAGCAGCUACCCGAAUACCUGCUUAGCUCCUGAAAGUGGGAUAUGUACCUUAGUGGAUUUGGGGAAGACUCUAAUUAGAUCCUAAGACUAUUUGCAUGCUUCUGUCUAAAUGAUAAUUUAUAGGAAAUUUUUGUGGAUUAAACCAUGGGUUUAAUGCGAAAGGCAAAUCUUAAAAUGUCCCUUUUGUAUAACAUACUUCUUGUUUUGGAUUUAUGUCAUUUUUAAUACAACUGAUUAUCUUUACAGAAUGCAGCCUUUUCUGAAUUCUUAUACACAGGUGUAUACUCGAUGUUAGUUAUUCUUUUGAAUUCUUUUCAACUUAUAACACUAUAUACAGUUAUUUCUAAGGCACAGAUUAAAUAAUAAGUUCUGCAUAUUUUUAAAAAGUCACAAUUUCCUGUUAUGCUGAUAAUGUUCUCACUAACUAGAAUAUAUAGGAACAUUGUUUAUUCUUAGCCAUGGCAUGCAUACAUCUAUCCAAAUUCCAUUCUAAUACCCUUUUUCUUCUUUAUAAUUCAUGUAAUAAUUAAAAAUAAAAGCAGAUAUGCUUUAA